AUGACAUUCGCUGGACAUUUGGUGGACAUCAGAAAUAAAUGUAUCCAUCAUCCAGGCCAUAAAAGAUCGUCUGUCUUGAAGUGUCCAGUCUCACCCGUCGUCUUUUCUCUUUCCCUGUCUGUCUUUCUAUUUCAGAACCGGACAGCAAUAAGAAAAAAAAUGAUAUGGUGGCGAAUGGGUGUGUUUCUCUCAACAUAUCUCUCUCUCUCUCUCUCUCUGCCUCUCUCUCUCUUUCUCUCUCUUUCCAACCCUCUCACUCAACUCCCCCUUUCUCUCUUUCCACCCCUCCCUCUCUCUUUCCCCCUCUCUCUCUUUCUUUCCACCCCUCUCUCUCUUUCUCUUUCCACCCAUCUCAGUCGUUCUUUACUCUCACUCUCUCUCUCUCUCUCUCUCUCUCUCUCUCUCUCUCUCUUUCUGAUAUAUCCCUUCAAGCCUUCAAUAGUCGCUAGAUGCCCGUGUGUCUCUCGUCGCAUCUGUCCCUCGAUUCCCGUGUCUCUCGUCGCAUCUGUCCCUCGAUUCCCGUGUCUCUCGUCGCACCUGUCCCUCGAUUCCCGUAUCUCUCGUCGCAUCUGUCUCUCGAUGGCCGUGUCUCUCGUCGCAUCUGUCUCUCGAUGCGAGCGUCUCUCGUCGCAUCUGUCCCUCGAUGGCCGUGUCUCUCGCUGCACCUGUCCCUCGAUGGCCGUGUCUCUCGCCGCAUCUGUCUCUCGAUGGCCGUGUCUCUCGCCGCAUCUGUCCCUCGAUGGCCGUGUCUCUCGCCGCAUCUGUCUCGAUGCUCGUGUCUCUCGUCGCACCUGUCCCUCGAUGGCCGUGUCUCUCGCUGCACCUGUCCCUCGAUGGCCGUGUCUCUCGCCGCAUCUGUCCCUCGAUGCGAACGUCUCUCGCCGCACCUGUCCUUCGAUGGCCGUGUCUCUCGCUGCACCUGUCCCUCGAUGGCCGUGUCUCUCGCCGCAUCUGUCCCUCGAUGGCCGUGUCUCUCGCCGCAUCUGUCCCUCGAUGCUCGUGUCUCUCGCCGCAUCUGUCUCUCGAUGGCCGUGUCUCUCGCUGCACCUGUCCCUCGAUGGCCGUGUCUCUCGCUGCACCUGUCCCUCGAUGGCCGUGUCUCUCGCCGCAUCUGUCCCUCGAUGCGAGUGUCUCUCGCCGCACCUGUCCCUCGAUGGCCGUGUCUCUCGCCGCAUCUGUCCCUCGAUGGCCGUGUCUCUCGCCGCAUCUCUUUUACAAUCCUUCUAUCUCUUUAAGAUCCUUCUGUUUCUCCCCUCAUCUUUUAACCGAUACUUGCGUGACUCCUCCCUCCCAUUUGUGGUUCAGUCCAUGUCUCUCUCUCCCUCAUUCGACAUAUUCUUUCUUAUAUCCCGCGACCGGUUUCUCUCUUUUUCAAUUCUUCUAUUGAUCCUUCCAAUAUUGCCUUUAACUCUUGUAUCUUUCUUUCCACCUACGCUUCGAUCUAUAGGAAGCGUUGAAAAAAAGAAAAUAGAACAGGAAGAUGGUGGUGUACAACUUUUUUCUAGUGGACUUAUCUAUGUUUUUAUAAAUCAGCAUUUGAAGUCCUUGAUUUCCCCUAAGCUUGAACACCGAUUACUCGUACUGGCUGGGAGGAGACAAUUGCAUAAUCUCGAAACAAAGUUUCGGCCUCUCUAUACGGCUGGCCCGCAACAGCUGGAUGAUGUUACGUUGCACUUGACUCGAUACGAAUUUCUGGGUAAUCCAUGCACUGCCUUCCACCGCUUUCUUGCCACGAGUCUUUAUCAUCUUAUUUGGCUUUUGGAUACAGCGCACUUGAGGAAUCUCUUUAAGAAAGCAGCAGGAAAUCCUCUACAGCGAACCUCAAACGGCACCAGGGUGCGGCUGUAUCCUCUCUCACGGACUUCAGCCACCAGCUCCUCAUACCGAAGCAGCUUUCUUUCAUGGGCCUCUUCAAUCCCUUCUUUCCAUGCCACCGUCAGCUCGCCAAACAACAGAUGUUUCUUCUUGCUAUCAAUUAACACUAGAUCUGGCCUCAGUCCAGACACAAUAACCUCCACUGGCAGUAUAGCAUCAACCUACACUCCCCACUUUCUUGAGUCCGUCGAUGGUAUACCAGCACUUCUCAAAGCUGCUGCCACAAUCUCCAGAACCAAGUUAUGUCUAAAGAUGUACCAGCCAUUCUGUAGCGCCUUCGAGCAGGAUGACAGUAUGUGGCGCAGGUUUCUAUAUGCACCAAACAACCGGCAGGAGGGUGACUCCUGCUUCCCUACCGCUUCAAAUAUGUCGGUGAUGCCGCCACAUCAUAUGCUGCCUGAACAGAAUAAUUCUGUUUCAAUUUUUCAACUUCCUGUUUUCUCUUUCUUUGUCUGCUUUUCUUUGUGUGUCGCUCUCUCUCUCUCUCUCUCUCUCUCUCUUUCUUUGCUUUUCACUCUCUCUCUCUCUCUCUCUCUCUGCUUUUCUGUGUGUCACUCUCUCUGCUUUUCUCUGUGUCUCGUUCUCUCUGCUUUUAUGUGUGUGUCGCACUUUCUCUCUCUCUCUGUCUCUGCUUUCCUGUGUGUCGCACUUUCUCUCUCUCUCUCUCUCUCUGCUUUUCUGUGUGUGUCGCUCUCUCUCUCUCUCUGCUUUUCUGUGUGUGUCACUCUCUCUCGUGUGUGUGUCGCGCGCCAUCUCUCUCUGCUUCUCUGUGUGUGUCGCGCUCUCUCUCUCUCUUUACGUCUGUCUGUCUCUCUCUCUCUCUCUCUCUCUCUCUCUCUCCAGCUCUUGGUGGGGCGGCGCAUAUCUAUUUCUCUUAGUCUCUCUCUCAUGUCAGGUGAUCGCUCUCAACCAAUCGUUCCCGAUCGAACCUUUCUUUUCUCUUCUUUUCCGCAGCCCACUUGCCUUCAGGGAAAUACAUCUCAUCCCAGGUCAAGUGCUUCUGUUGCCAAACAAACAGAUUAUGCCUUUAAACACUCCCAACUGGAUUCUCUCUCUCUCUCUCUCUCUCUCUCUCUCUCUCUCUCUCUCUCUCUCUCUCUCUCUCGCUGGUGGGCAUAA